AUGGACCAACACAAUCCUAAAGCUAUUCUUGAACAAGCCGUUGACCAGCUUCAACAUGCUCCACCUUCAACUCAAAAAGUAGAGCUUGCAGAAAUGGCCAACAAGCUUCAUCAAAGUGUAGCUGGUGGCGCUGAAAUGCAGUUUGACAAGGAUGAUAAUCCCGUCAUGACCGGCAAGCAGGCAAACGAAUGCCCAUUCUUGCAAGAAAAGCAACAUCAUCAACAACAACAAUAG